CGCAGAGUGAGGAAGAAAAUUUUCAAUCCCAAUUAAAUCCCUUACGUAAAAUGCCCAAAGAGAAGAAAGCCAAAAAGGCGAAGAAAGCUGUACCGGAAUACCAACCGGUGGACGGAUUGAAUGCAGUGGAUCGACAAUUUUUCGAAAUCACCAUCAAUGAUUUGAAUCAAAAGUUGGCGCGGCUGCGGACACAUAAUGUUAAAAUUGAGGAACGGAACGAAGAGUUAGAGAACAAGUUGAAACAGAUCGAGGAGGAUCGUGCCGAUGUGACGGCUUUUCUGGAUCGCACGCUGAAGGAGAAACUGGCGGUGAUUAUUGAGCUGGAGGACAAGCUGAGUGAGCUAUCGAAGGUUCGAGAUCAAGAAAAUGAAGAGUGUCAGAAACAAAUUGUCAGCCUGGAUGCCAAGUACAGAGCUAUGCACGAGCAGUUGACUUCGGAAAUAAAGCUUUUGACGGGGAAGUUGAACUCUAUGGAAGAGUUCCGCAUCCAGCGGGAUGAAUUGAUGGCUAAAUUUGACGCCCAGGACACAGAGUUGAAGGAGCAGAAUAAACGGCACAAAACCACACUUUACGAGAUGGAACGGAAAGUGAUUCUCGAUAAGGAUCGUUUGCGCAAGGAUGUGGAGAAUAAACUGCUGCAGUUGUCGACCGAGUUUACAAAAUCGUCGGAAAUCCGUGUUGCAGCUCACACGCAACGGUUGGUUCGAGAAAACAUCGCCCUAAAUAACGAAAUGGAUCGAAUGAUCUUUACUCAGGAGCGACUGGAGAAGCAAUACGCGGAAUUGAAAACUCAAAACACUGAGUUACGCAAUCAGGCCGAAAUCGAUUUGGUCGAGAAGCAACGUCUCAUGCAAACUUGUCAGGAACGUUUGGAUCUGAUAAAACAAUUGGCCGAUCAAUACGAGCAGCAGCUGCACACAAACGCUCAGCUUUUCUGUUAUAAAGAGAAGGCAAAUGAAUUCGAAACGGAAACACAAUCUGCCAAGAAGGAAUACAAUCAUUUACGUCAGAAGGUUCGAAUUCUCGAGCAGUACGUGCACUACAUCAACACCGAUCGACAGGCUCUACGUAAUGAAUCCGACCAUCACCGCAGUGAAUUCGAUCGUAUCUCGGAGAUUUUGAAGACAGUGCGUCUCACUGUCCAAUCGGCUUUCAAAGAAGACGACGAAGAAGACGAUCUGCCUUAUCAGGAGAUCAAACGGAAGCGGUUAAUUGACGAUCUUUUAAAUGCAUUGAAUGAUCUCGAGCUAAAACCACGUAUUGAUAUUUCCGUAGCUACCCUGCCAGAUGCGACCGAAGGAUACGAGCAAGGUGAUCUCGGCGUUAUUCCCCGUGAAACACUCGAUAUGAUCAUCCAGAAGACGCAGACUUACAAUAUCGCCGAGACUCCGUUGAUUAGUUCGGAUUCGGGAUCGUCGAUGGGUGGAAAGGGCAGUGUCAGCUUACGAGUUGGUUCGGAGAGCGAUGUGAUCAUUGACGUGGUUAGCGGAUCACAGCUAGUGUUCAAAGGUUCCGAAGAGUCGUAUGAUGAUGAAGAUGAGGCUAAGAGCGCCGAGGGGGAAUCGGAGACGGUGAUUGAUGGUGAAGAAAAGAGCAGAAAACGGUCUGUGGCAGAUGAGGAACAACAAGAUCGUUCGGCAGAGGAGGAGGGAAGUGCUCAUGCUUCGGAAGGUCGAUCUUCAGCUUCCGAGCGACCGGAGGAUAUCAUAAUCGAUGCGCCAGAAGUGUUCGAAGAGGAACCAAUCGAAUUCGGUGUUGUCAAAAGUGAUUCUGAUUAG